GCGCGGCGCGCGCAGCUGGGGGGCGGUGCGCGUGCGCGGCGGGGCGGGAGCGGGGCCUCGGCCGCACGUGGGCGCGCGGCGGCGGCAGGUGAUGCGAGGAUGACCAUGGCCCAGGCGGGAGCCGUAGUUGCAGCUGCCAUGGGACUCCUCGUCUUCUUCCUGUACUCCUCCAUCCACAGGGUCGAGGAGGGGCACCUGGCCGUGUACUACAGGGGUGGUGCAUUGUUAACUAGUCCGAGCGGACCAGGCUACCACAUCAUGCUCCCGUUCAUUACCACGUUCAAAUCCGUGCAGACGACGUUGCAGACUGAUGAAGUGAAAAAUGUGCCUUGUGGGACAAGUGGCGGUGUUAUGAUCUACAUUGAUCGAAUAGAAGUUGUGAAUAAAUUGGCACCGUAUGCAGUGUAUGAUAUUGUGAGAAACUACACUGCAGACUACGAUAAGACCUUGAUCUUCAAUAAAAUUCAUCAUGAGCUGAAUCAGUUCUGCAGUGCCCAUACCCUGCAGGAAGUAUACAUUGAGCUUUUUGAUCAGAUAGAUGAGAAUCUGAAGUUGGCCCUGCAGAAGGACCUCAAUGUCAUGGCACCAGGUCUCACUAUCCAGGCCGUGCGUGUUACAAAACCCAAAAUCCCAGAAGCCAUUCGAAGAAAUUUUGAGCUAAUGGAGGCUGAGAAGACUAAGCUGCUGAUUGCAGCCCAGAAGCAGAAAGUGGUAGAGAAGGAGGCAGAGACAGACCGGAAGAAAGCACUCAUUGAGGCAGAGAAGGCUGCUCAGGUGGCCAGGAUUCACUAUCAACAGAAGAUUAUGGAGAAGGAAACAGAGAAGCGAAUUUCUGAGAUUGAAGAUGCUGCGUUCCUAGCAAGAGAGAAAGCAAAAGCUGAUGCGGAGUACUAUACUGCUCAGAAGCUGGCUGAUUCCAACAAGCUGAAACUUACUCCUGAGUAUCUGGAACUAAUGAAAUAUCAAGCAAUAGCUGCGAACAGCAAGCUGUAUUUUGGUGACCGCAUCCCCAACGUGUUUCUGGAUUCCUGUGCCUUCCAACAAGCCAAUGUGAGGACUGCCCAAGAACCAGCCUUCCUUCACAGGAGGCCCCAGAGACCUCUGGAGAAAGCCACCUCAGAGCAAAGGAAAGCACUGGCUGACAGAGAUAGAAAGCCAGCCGGUACAGCUCAACAGCUAGCCCAGCUGUGAAUGGGGAUGGUGCCCUGUGCUGGUGGGGCGGAUGCAGCGCGUGUUGGACACCUUGUAUAUAGGUGGCAGUUGGGUUGAUUUUCUUCUAGCAACACAUUGCAAGUGCUCUGCCUCUUCCAUUUCUUCCCCUAUUAAACUGGUGCUUCCAAAUGAGGGAUAAUCCUGUACUAACAUACCUAUACUGGAAUAUUAAAAGACAGACACCAGGAAAGCCUUCCGCAGCAGGUGCAGUUAUUUAGCAAGCAUUACUCUGGAGCUAGGAGAUGUAGCUUUGAGUGCUAUGUUGCCGCACACUGGCCAUUCCCCAGUGCUCCUCACUAAGGCUGAGCAAGGAGGUUUCCUUCGUCCUGCCGAUGAAGCUUUGCUUUGUGGACUCUGAAACGUGUUUCUACCAACACUAUCUUAACGCUCCUCAAGGACUCCAGUGGAGUGGGCUCUCCUUGUCAAGCAGAGGCUGUGUGUUCCUCCUCAGGUCAAGGCCUGGCAAGGAGUGGUUUGGUUUGGAAUACGUUAUUUGAAUAGGAUCUGCAUAGCCAUUAUCUUCUUUCCUGUAGGCAGUGGCACUAGAUAACAACCUGGAGCAAGCAAUUUCUAAUGGGCUUUUAUAACUCCCCCUCUCCAAGCAAAAGCUAGCUGCCUGUGACUGACUGUAGUAUGUUUCAGCUGGGUGGCUGGAUCUCGCCUUGCAUCCUAAACUAGAUUUCAGAGUGCGUGGAGCACCUCCGAGCAGACAGUUGGGAACAGAGCUGGGAAAUCUUUGCUCAGACCCCAGCCUCCCUGUAGGUCUUUUCACCAGGGAAAGGGGGCUGAAAUUCCACUGCUCUGCCUUGCUGGCAAAGUGAAGGGGAAGAGAAGAGUGAAGGGACCCCGCUCUGUGGCAGAUGAGAUGUUUGACAACUCGGCUGCGAAGCAGGUGAAGCAUUGAUGCUCCCCUGGGCAAAAUCCACUGCCCCAAGAAGGAGUGGGACCUUGUCUCGUGUCCUUGAACAGCCAUGGCGGGGAAUCUGUUGCUGGUCCUCUCAUCAGUGGCCAGGCUUUGCUGCGUUGCGGGGCUCUUAACUCACAAAUGGUGCUGGCAGGAUGAUCUGCUCUUCUGGUUUGCGUUGUAAUAUAUCCAACCCCUGCUCCCUGUGUGCUGCUGCAGGGUGAGAAGUAGACAUGCUCAGGGGGUGGGGGAAAUCUGCUGGUACGACCUGCUUUCCUCUUUUCCUCUGUCCUCACCUUUGCCAGUAAGGACGUGAUUGUUUCUAGGACCUGUUUCUCUUUGAGUUCUGUGAUGAUCCCAGAUGAUGGCUGGGGAAGCAACUGGCAAGUUGCUUGAGCUGGAAUGCCAUUCCCCAGCUGGUAGCACUCUCUGCCUCUGAACCCACCGUAUUUUCAGAGACUGCCUCUCCUCCACCAGCCUGGGAUAUCUGUACGUCCGUCCUGCUUUCCUGUCCCCUUGGGUGCAGCCGCGUGCAGUGCCUGGCCCUGGCGCGGUUCACUGGGCAGGCUGGCUGGUGGUGACGCUCUGGGCGCUCAGCUAGUUGGUGCUGGUGUUGAGAUCUGUUGCUGGCACCAUCUGCCGUGUUAUGGCAAGGGGAGGAACAUGCUUAGCUUUUGCCUUGGUGAAACGUUCAACCCAAAACAAAUGGCCUGUGCUUCACCUCUGCUAAUGAUUUCCCCCGACGAGUUGUGUGGGCUUCAGGCUUUCCAGUGCUGCUUUCCUGUCCUGUGAGGCUUGACAUGGAGGAUGGCGGUGUCUCUCCUCAAGGAAGUUUGGUAACGUACGGUGCCUUACGCUGUCUCAGCUCUUGCCCUGACUGCCGCCUCCAUCUCUGGGGCAGAGCAGGGGUGCGCUGACCCUGCCUCUCCUGCUGCUGCUGCUGGCCAGCUGGGGUGAUACAUGAGUGGAGGACUUUGCAGCAGUUUCAGGUGGUCUUUCUUUCCUCCGUCUGUCUGCAAACUCCUAAGGCCCAGUUGGUGCUCUGCUCCAGGAUACCAGCUCCUCUUCAAACCCAGCCGUGGCAGGAGCCAGGGACCAGGACCCUGCCCCAGUGAGAGGCUAGCUGAAGGUGCUGAGCACCAAUGCUAGCUUCAGGGUAGGUCAUGCAUGAGUGUUCUUCCUUGUGCUCUGAGGAUGAGAGGAAGGGAACUGCUGUUGCCAGGAGGAGAGGUUUCUUGCUUUUGCUGUAUAUGCUUGGUGCACAGGGGAUGUGGCACAGCCAUGUGCCUGGCAGAGCCUAUCCUGGGGAGUACUAAGCUGAGCUUUUGCAUGGGGAAACUUGUGUCAUCACUUGCUAGAGGCUUGGGCAAACGGUGCCCUUCUGGCAAAGGGCAGCCUUCAAAGGAUGCUGGUGGGCAGAGGAGCAGGAAGGAUGUCUGCAUGUUGUGCUGGAAGGCAGCUCAGCCAUCAGGCAAGGCAGAGCUGAAACAUGCGGCUGAUGUAGUAGGAGAGGAGCAGGCAAGCACAGCAUUAGCCCCAUUAGACCCUGCAGUACCCUUCCAAGGGGAAGGGUGCCGGGGCAGGGAGGGGAUGGCAGUGUAUUUCAUAGCUGUGGUGUUUGAAAUGUCUCCUGGAAGUACUGUUUGACUUGCAAGGUCCCCCUUCUCCUGUGGGAAGGGCUUUGAGCCAGUGGAGUCGCAUCUCUCUGGCUUUCCAUCUGUUUGGUGUUGCCAGCUUGCAGCAGGCACUUUGCGGCAGAAACACGGCCUCUUCUCACCCAGCAGCAGCGACUUUGGUUGAAUUUGGAGACAAAGGCAGGCUUUAUAGAACAGAAGCACUCCUGGAGGGGAUGUAGACUUGUCUCCUUGUGGCACUCACUGGGGUUGGGUACUACCCAAUGCUGGCAUCAAAGGCUGGUUUGAUGGCUGGAAGUGGGUAGGUUGGCUACCCAUGCUGGCUACCCAUGCUACCAAAUGCUGGCUGGACAGGGUAGGUUCUGCCAGCCUGCAGAUGUGAAGAAGCAAGGGCACAAGGGGAACCACCAGAAGCAAUAACCAGGCAGCGCACAGCUUUCCUGCAGCGAUCACAGUGAGAUCCCCGUGCAGGGAGCAGGAAGGCCUUCCAGGCCGGUAAAGGAAGGGCUGCUUCCGUGUGGACCUGAACCUUGCUGGGCCUCCUUGUGGCCACCCAGGUGGGUGCAUGGCUUUGCCAUUGGUGGCAGUCAUUCUGGCUAAGUAUCAUCCUGCUGUGGCUGGGUAUGCAUCAGCCACCCUACACGUGUGGUCUGAGGGACACUGGGGGAUGCUCCUGCAGUCUGAAGUCCUGCAGCAACACGUGUGUGAUGCUCAGUGCCUUCUGCAAAAGCCUCUAUCCCUCUCUGCUUCCGCAGCCACCUCUUCAGAAGCCUGAGUAGGUAUGCAAGAGGAGGGAAUCACCACAGCUCUGACACCCUUGUCUGGGCUUUGCUUCUCUGAGCUGGGAGCUGCAGAGCAGGAACAUAGUUGCAACCAGGAACAUGGGACGGAACUGGUUUUUCUCUGUUCAAAAGGCCUGUGUGGUCCCAUGACUAAAGGGGUCUACCACUGGAUCUGCACCUUCUUUAAAGAAACAUGAUGCAUUUGUUCAAGUUUACAUGCACAGUGUUAAGUUCUUUUGAUAAAGCAGAAUAAAAUUAUUUUGUUACCAUUG